AUGCCCAACGUGCUGCCUUCUGUGCUCUGCACCCCUGGGGCGCUUAUGGCCAACACACAACAGCACGUGUCACUCGACACGAUGAACCGCCAUCGCCAACCUGGGCCACAAGGCCAGUCGCUACAAAAUCCGUAUGCUCAAGUUGGUUACCAACAGCAGGCGCCGCAACAGUACUAUGACGGUACGAAUGGCGUCGUAAACGCCGCACCCCACGACCAACAAGGCUUGAACGGCGGAGCACCGGCUCCUUACACGGCGGCGAAUGUCUUGGUCUCACCUCUGGAACAGCGGCGACCACCACAUCUCUCAGUCCAGGUGAAACAGGAGCCUGUUGCACCAACAAUAACCUUCGACUACACGCAGCCGCAGCACGCUCCUCAGCAGCACACGCCGAUUCAGCCCUCGUUUUACAUGAACGGCUUUGAGAACCCCGCAACCCCUGGCAUCGUCCCCCAUGACAAUGGUGCUCAGAUUUCUGGCUUCCACUCAACGCCAGUCGACGGGACGCCUAUGCAUCACCUCGCAAUGCCCGGACAGGAGUGGCAGCAAGCUCAUGGCAAGGCGGCGUCAACAGGACCCAUCGCCAAAAGCCAACGCGGCGGCAAUGCCUCAAGCCCCGCCAAAGUACCGCGCCAUCAGUUUACGGCGUGCGGUGCCUGCCGCCACCGCCGCGUCAAGUGCGACCUUCGAACGCGGCAGGAGGAAGCCGAACGCGUCGCGAUUCUCGAGGACGCUCAGUCAGGAACCACCACCAGCACCAGCACUGUUCGCCGGCGCAAAGUGAGCUGUACAAACUGCCAAGAAAGGGGUACAAACUGCGUCGACGAGUAUGCGCCUCUCAAAGCCGCAAAACAGCUCCGCCGGGGCAAGCGUAUCUCCGAGAUUGAGAUGCUGUACGGCAAGUCGGCAACGGACGCCGCUCUUGCCUCCCAAGGCGACGACCUCGACCGCUCCAUCAGCCCCACUGCACCAAAGUUUGACCGCCUGCCUGAGUUGACACGCGAGUUCUUUGAGUCGUCCUUUUUGAGGCGAUUCCAUAUCCAACGUCCUCUUAUCGACCCCAUUGAGCUUGAGAAGAGGUACUUCUCCAAACCAAUGCCAUGUGCGGCUGCCAUGGGCCCCGAGGGUGCGGUUCUUGUUCACUGUCUCUAUGCUUGGGGUCUCUCGUUCGGUGUCGACGAGCGAGGUCAGCUCGACGUACCGGACGGCGGAAGCGAACCUAUUGGCGUGAUCCAACUCCACACCCCCAGCGAGGCCGAGCAACAGCGCCAACAGGAGCGCCAGCGGAGGACCGAAAAGAUGGCCCGCGCCGUGCGUAUUAUCCUGAAGGAGAUUGAUGAUUGCGGUAUGAUGCGCAGACCCUCCUGGGAUGGCGUUCGGUGCCUUCUUCUUAUUGUGCCUCUCUCGGAAGGCAUCCAAUCGUCGGUGGAGCGCCAGGCCAUGUACCAGGCCGCCAUUUCCCAAGUGUUCAUGCUGUGCUCUACCGAGAGCAGAGGCUAUGAUGGGUCGCCCGCCGGUGACACGAUCAACUCCUUGGUGUCAAAGGAAGUAGAAGACCGACAGGAAGCUGUUCGUGCCCGCAUCUACUGGUAUGCGUUCUGUCAUGAGGGCAUCCAGAUGGGCCUGCGUGGCAGCGAUCUUCGCCUUGGAGCCGAUGACCAUCCCAUGUCUACCGUCAACGACGCCGUCAGUGGCUACGACAACCACAUGGCCUUGAUUUCAAGCCAAAGUCUCUUUGACCACUCGCUGCGUAUGGCUAGCGCGAGCGUCCGUCUUGCUCUCGCCUGCCGCAUGAUUCACGGGGCACUCACAGGACCCAAGGCCCGCCGGCUCGAAAAGGUCAAUGGCAACGAGAUUCGCCAAAUCUGGGAAGCACUCGAACAGUCUUGGGAAGAGUUUGAGAGCCUCAAGCACGAGAGCGCAAACGCGCCAUUCCGCCAAACCGAUGAGGUGGUUUACUUUUCGGACGCGUGGAAAGUGUACCUCUUCGAGGCGCAACAUGUCAUUCGCAAGCAGUUGGAAGAGCGACUCGAGAGGCUGGAAACCAAGCCGGCUGGCGCGUUCCUCACGGAUGCGAACAGCCGAUCAACCUCACCAGUCGCCAGCGAGUCGCAGACCGAGAUUCUCAAUCUUCGUCAUCUCCUCGACAUUGCCCGCCACAAGUGCGACGACAAGGUGCGCAACAUUGUCGACUCCCUUCGCCUCCAUAUGUCCACUUCUUUCUUUGAAUGGGACGCCAGCAUGGUACGCGACGGCACGUUCUACACAGCCCAGUACCUAGCCAAGGAAGGUGGCUCAGACGAGGAUAUCGCUCUGUGCAUUCAAGGCCUUAAUGAGAUGCGCUGGUGCCACGCCAAGGCCGUCGACCGCUCGCAGGAGUUGCGCAAAGCUUGGUUUGAAGCGCGCUCCCGUCCUGUGGUCCCUUCGCCCGAUCCUGGCAUCGGUACAACCGGAACAAGUUCGCAUACACGGUCAUCGAACCAUUCCGGAUCCCCUUACAGGUCGCCGACGUUCGAUCGCUCUGGCUCGGCCGGUGACCUUCCCUUGAGUGCGUCUACAACUUCGUGGCCACCGAUAGUCAGCCCAGGCCACCCUAGUCAAGUGCGGUUUUCGCCCACGCACAAUCCCGAUGGCGUUCUGCCGUCUCCAAUCCAUCCUCAGUCUGGCCACAUGCCCUACCCUGUGUUCCCCAACACGCCAGGCCAGCCGCAGCCACACCAACAACUUCACAAUCAACACCAGCAUCAACAUCAGCCACACCACCAGCCUCAACAGGCGCCACAUCACCAGCCGCCUCAGUGGGAGAUGCCACACUCACAGCCUCCUCUCCAAGGCGGCUUCAUGCCCCAUCAACAGCAACAACAGCAGCCCUUCCCCCCCGACCAGCACCACCUCCAGCAGCAGCAGCAAGCGGGCCAGCCAGGUCCGCCACCGGGUCUCAUCUUUAACCACCACAUGGUCAACCAUGGCAACCCUGCCGGCCACUAUGUGCUCCCUCAGGAGGGCACAAACAUGUUCAUGUCGUACAACAUGCCACCUGGGCGGUAG